ACUCCUAUGCUAUUCUGCAAAUAGCCUGGAUGAUAACAUAUAUUUGCAGAUAAAAAACAUGGAGUGACAGGGGAAUGUUUAUGGGGUUUUCAAUCAUCAAUAUGCCAUAUAUAUUUUUCUUUUAGCUUGACUGACAAUUGGACAAACUAAUGCGGCCUUGCUUUUUCUCACCCAGCUCUAAUCCCCAAAUCCUUGUAAGGGUCACUCUGACACAGUGACUGUUAAGACUCGUUGCUCAGAGGUGUCUGCUUUUUAGUUAUGUUUUAAUACUAAUAAUAGAUGCAUAUGCGUGAUUUGUCUUUUUAAUUGUGCUGGCUAGCCUUAGCGUCCAAAGAAAGAAAUAAGGAUUAACAGUAAUGGACUUAAUGAAUUAAGGACUGAAAAAGGACAAGGCCACGGUUACCAUGUCAACAAUUGUUUCCAUUAAUACCAUGCCGGCACAAUGCCUAACCACUGACAGUGAAGACCAAAGUGAGGAUGACCUAUGUCCACCUCAAUCCAGUCUUCUGGUCAAUAGGAAUAACAGCAACAACAAUGAAGAAGAAGACAAAGAAAAGAAGCAAAAAAAGAAAAAGGAAAAGAAAGAGAAGAAGGACAAGAAAGAAAAAAAGAAAAAUGAGAAGGAAGAAAAGGAAGCAAAAGAAAAGGAACAGGAAAAAGAAAAGGAGAAAGAAAAAGAGAAGGAGAAAGAAAAGGAAAAGGAGAAAGAAAAGGAAAAAGAGAAAGAGAAGGAAAAGGAAAAGGCAAAAGAAAAGGACAAAGACAAGCCUAAGGAAAUAUUUGUGGUUAAUCCUGCGGGGAAUUUGUAUUACAACUGGCUUUUCAUCAUCACAGUACCAGUCAUGUAUAACUGGACCAUGAUCAUAGCCAGGGCCUGCUUUGAGGAGCUGCAACAUGACUACAUACUCUACUGGAUUAUCUUGGACUACAGCUCUGAUCUAAUUUACCUAGCAGACAUGUUCAUCAGAACCAGAACAGGGUACCUUGAACAAGGCCUGAUGGUGAAGGAUGAGAAGCUACUUCAAGAAAACUAUAUUAAGAGCUUCCAGUUUCGUCUUGAUGUUCUGUCCAUGGUGCCGACAGAUAUUUUCUAUUUUGUACUUGGACUUGAAUACCCAGAGAUUCGCAUUAACAAGCUGCUGAGAAUUGGCAGAUUGCUGGAGUUCUUCACAAGGACCGAAACUAAAACCAACUAUCCAAACAUCUUCCGCAUUGGAAAUUUAAUCAUGUACAUCCUCAUCAUCAUCCACUGGAAUGCUUGCCUCUUCUUUUCAUUCUCUAAGUCAAUUGGUUUUGGAGCUGAUGACUGGGUCUACCCAGCCCUUGAUGAUCCGGAUGAGCCUGCAUUUGGUGAGCCUAUGAGAAAGUAUGCUUUUAGCCUAUAUUGGUCCACACUGACUCUGACCACCAUCGGUGAAACCCCACCACCAGCUCUCGACUCUGAAUUUCUCUUCCACGUGGUGGACUUCUUAGUCGGAGUCUUGAUUUUUGCUACCAUUGUGGGAAACAUUGCUACUAUGAUUUCCAAUAUGAAUGCUGCCCAAGCCCAGUUUCAAGCCCGCAUUGACAACAUCAAACAGUACAUGCAGGUUCGAAAAGUCAGUAAAGAACUUGAGCUACGUGUCAUCAAGUGGUUUGACUACCUGUGGAAUAACGGCAAGGCUCAAGAUGAGAGGGAGGUGCUACGGUAUCUUCCUGACAAGCUAAGAGCAGAAAUAGCCAUCCAAGUACACAUGGACACUCUAAAGAAAGUAAGAAUAUUUGCAGACUGCGAAGCUGGUCUGCUUAUCCAGCUUGUGCUUAAACUUCGUCCACAGGUUUUUAGCCCCGGAGACUACAUAUGCAAAAAGGGCGACAUUGGCCGCGAGAUGUAUAUCAUUAAAGAUGGGAAACUAGCAGUUGUAGCCGAUGAUGGUGUCACACAGUUCGUAGUGUUAGGAAGUGGUAGCUAUUUUGGCGAAAUUAGCAUCCUCAAUAUUAAAGGCAGUAAAGCAGGCAACAGGAGGACUGCUAACAUUAGAAGCAUUGGUUACUCUGACCUCUUCUGCCUUUCCAAAGAUGACCUGAUUGAGUCACUGACUGAGUAUCCUGAUGCUAAGGCCAUGCUAGAGGAGAAGGGUCGACAGAUUUUAAUGAAAGAUGGUCUCAUAGACUUGGAUCCAGCUAACAUUAAGCCUGAGGUUAAGGAGCUAGAGGAAAAGGUCACCAAACUGUACAGCACAAUGGAGCUCAUGCAGUUAAAGCUCAAGAAGAUUUUGGGCAAUUACAAGGAUGCUGGCACAGCUCUUAGACAACGUGUUGCAGAUCUGGAGCGCUUGACUGGUGAAGAGGUGGAAGAUGAGGAUGAGGAGGAAGAAGAAAAGAAAAAAGAAGCUAAAGAGGAGGAAGCAGUGAAAAAAACAGACGAAGAGGUUGAGACGGAUAAAGACGCCAAAACAGAGGAAGAGAAGGAUGAUGUGGCUAAGUUGGAGGAGGAGGAAAGUGAAGAGGGUGAAUUGAAAGCAUCUGAUGAAACUGAUGAAGUGAAAGAUGAAGAAGGCAAAGGGGGAACGACUAAGUGAACUUUUGAUGUCUGUUCUUGAAAGGAUCUUUAUCGCAAGGAAUCACACUUUCAUUCUGAACUGACUUCCUUACGAACUUAUGAAGUAUGAUCAGAAAAGACAAAAACGCUAAAAUAUGAUAUCAAACAUCUCUAUUAAAACUACGUCAUUAUACCCUAGCA